AUGCAAAACAGUUAAUAAUAGGUUAACAUGCCCCAGUCGAGAAUGAUUGGUGACCCUGCCUAAUCGCAAUACUUACAAAAUUCAAUGGCUCAAGAUCCUCAGUUUUUGAGUUAUCAAAAUUACAGAAACGAAAUUCAAGAGGAAGGAGAGAUUGUAGCUGAAACAGCCAAAUUAAGAAAACUGUACUUCCUCAUGCUGCUUCAAUUCUUCCUAGUGAUUGUGUUUAGUUACGUAAGCCCAUUAUUAAAUCCCACAUAGUUGCGACUGGACUCUUUGGAGGAUUACUUUGAAUAGAAUUCCUACUGGAUAAUUAUUCUUUCACUCGGAUGUUUCUUGCUGUCAUUGGCUGCUUAUUUUACUAAUCCGGAGAACACUGCUGUAAAUGUAGUACUGUACGUGCUAUUUACAAUAGUCUUAUAUUUCUUUUUUAUAUCACUAACUGCAAUUACAAACAUUGAACAAUCCAUGAUGGUGGCCUUCAUGAUUUUUGGAUAAAUAUUUUCACAAUUCCUAUCAGUGAUGCAGAGCAGAAUCGAGAUGUAUUACCAUCAAUAAUCUCUCUACGUAUUAGCAGGCGGACUCAUCAUUUUCCAAUUGUUCAUCAUUUAUUCUAUCAUCCCCUUCUUUGAAAUGAUCAUCACUCUAGUUUCAGGAGUCGUUUUUGGGUUCCUCCUCAUUUACAGCACCUAAAGCAAUUUAAGUCAAAUCAAGUCUGGCGCUGUCAAUGGCAGUGUUAGAGUGUAUGUUGAUUUACUCGGCGUGUUUUUCUAUUUGAACCAAUUGAUGGCAGACUUGUUUAGAAAAGAAAAAUAAAUUGAUAAAUGA